AUGGACGACAUUGAUGCAGCGUUCGACGAUGCCUACCGUACCCAUCGUAUUGAAGCAGGUGAUGACCCGAGCACGCUUCCCAAUCCCUACUCUCGGCCAACGCUAGCAGGAGGUGCUGCAAACGGCCUAGCUUCUACAAGCUCAACGUCGGCCAAUCCUGGAGGGGGUUUCGUUGUAGAUGACACGGAUGCUGUAGGAGGCGGCGGAUUCAUUGUAGAUGACACGGAUGCUGUAGGAGGCGGCGGAUUCAUUGUCGAUGAUGACGAUGCUGUAGGAGGCGGCGGAUUCAUUGUAGAUGACACGGAUGCUGUAGGAGGCGGCGGAUUCAUGCCCGAGGACCAAGAAGAGGAUGUACCAUCACCAUCCUGUGCACCUCCCCGCGCUAGGCCGAGCACAAUACCUCUCAGCGCCGUCCCGGAAGCAUUAUCCAAGCUGGGUGUUGAUUCAGCCGACGCAUCUGUGCUCUCCUUGUUCGCAGAGGCAGCGUACGUUCCGUCAUCGGCAUCUCGACGAAGACUCGCACCGGGAGUCAAGCCAGAGAAAGUGGUGGGGAGGUACGAAUUUCAACAAGUUGCAUCGAUUCUGGUGGAUGAAAUCAAGAGUCGCACCGAGCAGUACGGUCAAGAGGAUGUAGAAGAGGCGUCAAAUGGUCGUCGACGUCGCAGUCGCAGAGCGGCGGUGCAAGCGAGAAAUAAAACCGCCGAGAUCAUCGAAGCUGACGAGCGUGGGGCUGGAGGGUUCAUUGUAGACGAUGAGGCGGACGAUUCCGAGCAAGACUUUGAAUUGUCUCGACUUGGACGUGGCAACAAAGACCGACUCGACACCGGGUCAGACUUGACGAGUGAUGGCGAGCAAGACAAUUCGAUUCCACAACGACGUCGACGCCGCGCAGCAGCUCAGACGCAGUCUACCCAGUCGAUCCAAUCGGACAGCGAGCCGGAACACACACGGAAACGCCAACGUCGAACGCGCCAAUCGUCUCCAUCCCUCCGCCCCGCCACAUACCUGAAUCCACUUCAGCGAUCUAGAGCGUCCACCCUAUUCUCGCUCCUCCUUGACCAUCUCCCACACUCGGACCUCCCGCUCGAGCAACGCCGAAUCGGCUCCACCGAGCUCUCUACCAUCCUAUCCGCUCUCGGUCACAAUCUUCCCCCCACAGAGCUCGAAGAGAUGAUCGAACAGGGCGCAAAUCUCUUCGCCCCAGCUACACUCGACCAAGCCGAUCAACAAGGCCAGCCACGCUCCAACGCAGCGAUCAAACGCGCAGCUGCAGCCCAGCGCAUCGUCGGCUCUAGUGUGGGACUCGAUGAAUUUGCGGGUAUCUUGAUUCACAAUCGACUUUUGUAA